AUGUCCAACAAAGAUUUUUUAUUAGACCUUUUUCAAUAUGUUCCACCUGCACAUGUUGCUCUUUUCGUACGUCUUAUAAGACUCUAUCCAAUGAAUAUUGUCAAUGAUCCUAUGAAACGAGAACAAACCAUUCUGGCUAUUAUCAAUGAAACUACUAGUAGUGAUUAUAAGGCUGAUAUUUGGCCAAAAAUUAUGUCGAUUAAUCGGAUACCAGAAUUAGUAGAACAAGUAUUAUUAAACAAUGAACAUGAGCGUUUAUUAUUAGCAAUUGAAAAAUUACAGUUUAGAUUCGAGCUUCAGCCUCAUCGUUUUCUAAUUCAUCAGUUAGUUCCGCCUUCAACAACGUGCCUUAUGUGUCACAAUCGAUUAGGAGAACCAAAAUUCGAUGAGAUUAGUAGUAUUAUUACACGUGAUAAUGUUUAUUCCGGUGUCAUGUAUAAAAAUGAAUGUUGUGAUCUUGUUUAUAAAUAUGGUCACGUACGUAAUCGUCGAACACGAGAACGAUUUGUAACACCUACUGCAAUUUUUUAUCAAAAAUUUUUACAUUUAUUCGAUCAUGUGGUCUAUGAACGUCGAUUAUUAGUUACAUUUACAAAUCUGGUUUAUGAAGCUGCAACAAGCUUUCAAUCCUACACGAAAGCAACGAAUUCGGAUAUUGAUCAGAACCGACACUCAAAUAGUGAAUCUUCAAGCAUCAACAAAUUGCACUGCAAGUCUUUUUCAGCAACAUGGACUUGGUUUGAAAUAUGUCGUUAUCUUUUUUUUAUGACAAAUUUAGAUAUGAUAGAAAUUCCAGAUGUUAUUCAACGCAUAUCACACGAUUUAUAUUAUGAAGUGAAUGCAAAAUUUUUUUAUGAAUUAUUCGUGAAAUUUUGGUCCCAUCAUCAUCAAGUAUCAAAUUGUCAAUGUCAACCAAAAGAACAAUGCAUGCUUAAUUUCGUAUUCGACACACAUAUGAAAGCACAUCGUUUAGCGUGUGCGUAUACUGGAUCUUGUGAUGAAUCAAUACCUGAGCUUGGUCCUGUAGCUGUUGGUUGUCCUCGUAUACCUCUUCGAUCUUCAUCAACUCUUUUGAAAAAUAUGUCUAGUUCGGAAAAAGACAAAUGUAAACAAUAUUGUGCAUAUCAUUAUAAAUAUGCUUUGGAACUGAAUAUACAAAAUAAUCCAGUUAUUACACAGGCAAUUGAACUUGAUCAACUUGCUGAAGAAUUUAAUGACAAUGAUAUAUGCACUGUUCAUCGUGAUAACGAUGAUACAGAACAUAAAAGAAGAACUGCAGGAUUUAUGGCUGUUGUCUCAAAUUGUAAUGUCAUUAUUGGUUGGGGUGAAAGUGUACGUGCUGAAGGUAUGCGCCGAUCUAUUUACCAGCUACUCAAAAUACUACAUUUUAAUGGUCAAUUGCCAUCUGCUGCUGCCUAUGAUUCUGCUUGUACUUUCGUUGCCUAUUUAAAAAAUCAAUAUGGUAUGUCUAUCAAACCAUCACCUUACGUUGAUGAACUGAUAAGCAAAAAAUAUUGUAUCGAUCGUUUUCAUCGACGUAAUCAUGUACGACCAGAAUGUAAAACAAUUCUAUCAUGUGAACAUAAAGACAACAAGCAAUUUUUUGAGAAUCAAAAUACUCAGGUAUGCGAACAAUUAUUUGCACAUUUCACUAAAAUAAAAUCAACGCUACGAUCCAUUACAUGGCCAUAUUCCAACAUGUUUUAUUGUAUUAUUUUCCAUUUAAGAAAUUGUUUUCAUACGAAAAUUUACCCAGAUAAUCUCUAUCUAGCAAAAAAAUCAAACAUUCAACCUCCAGUUAAUAUUCUCUAUCCAUGGACUCAAGCCUCUGUCAUUGACGUAUCACUAGAAAACGAUGUUGAAGAACAAUCAGAUGAAGAGAAUGAAGAAAAUGCGUCAACAUAA